UGUGUGUGUGUGUGUGUGGUACGCACUAGUUAUGCUUUCACCUUCAAAGACCGGAUCAGAUUCCUCAGAUGGUUUUUAGUCGGCGGUGCUGAAGACAGGUUUUCAGAGCAGAUGAGGAUCUCUAAUCACUAAUUCGGACCGGUUCAUUUAUUUAUUUCUGAAUGUGUUCGUGGUUCGUGGACACACGCGUAUCUUUGGACCUUGCACGUCAUCGUCAUGCCCGCAUCGCUAAGGUUGCAUCCGGAGCGACACCACCACCACCACCGUACCCCCGUAGUCUAGCGGCAAUGCGCGCGCGGCUGCUCCUCUCUCUCACGCGGCACGCUUGAAGAUGCGCGGAAACCCGCCGCUCUUUGUCACCCUGCUGCUCCUGCCGACGCUCGCGCCGCGGGCGCUGGCCAGCAGCCGCGAGCGCUCGGCGGUGUCGCGCGCCGCGGCCCGUUCCGUGGCCCGCAUGGACGGCGACGUGAUCCUCGGUGCGCUCUUCUCUGUGCACCACCAGCCGUCGGCGGAGCGCGUGGCCGAGCGGAAGUGCGGCGACGUGCGCGAACAGUACGGCAUCCAACGCGUGGAGGCCACCUUCCACACGCUGGACCGCAUCAACUCCGACCCGCACCUGCUGCCCAACGUCACCCUCGGCUGCGAGAUCCGCGACUCGUGCUGGCACUCGUCUGUCGCGCUCGAGCAGAGCAUCGAGUUCAUCCGCGACUCCCUCAUAUCGAUCCGCGACGACUCCAAAGAAGGCUCGAAGUGGUGCAUGGACGGCACGCCCUCGAGCCACCCGCCGCCCUCCAAGAAGCCCAUCGCGGGUGUCAUCGGGCCCGGGUCCAGCUCUGUGGCCAUCCAGGUGCAGAACCUGCUGCAGCUCUUUAACAUCCCGCAGAUCGCCUACUCCGCCACGAGCAUAGACCUGAGCGACAAGACUCUCUUUAAGUACUUCCUGCGGGUCGUGCCAUCCGACACGCUGCAGGCGCGCGCUAUGCUCGAUAUCGUUAAGCACUACAACUGGACUUAUGUUUCUGCAGUCCACACAGAAGGCAACUACGGUGAAAGUGGCAUGGAGGCAUUUAAGGAGCUGGCAGCAGAAGAAGGUCUGUGUAUCGCUCACUCUGAUAAGAUCUACAGCAACGCAGGAGAGAAGCACUUCGAUCGGCUCCUGAGGAAGCUGCGUGAGCGUCUACCUAAAGCCCGCGUGGUCGUCUGUUUCUGCGAGGGCAUGACGGUACGUGGCCUUCUGAUGGCCAUGAAACGACGGGGAGUUUCCGGAGAAUUCCUGCUCAUCGGGAGUGACGGAUGGGCAGAUCGAGACGAGGUGGUGGAGGGAUACGAGCAGGAAGCGGACGGAGGUAUCACCAUGAAGCUGCAGACAGAGGAAGUGAAGUCAUUUAAUGAAUACUUCCUGAAGCUGCGCCUGGACACAAACACCAGGAACCCAUGGUUCGCCGAGUUCUGGCAGUACCGCUUCCAGUGCCGCAUACCAGGCCACCCUCAGGAGAACCAUAACUACCAGAAAAUCUGUACAGGAAAUGAGAGCCUGAAGGACAACUAUGUUCAGGACAGUAAGAUGGGUUUUGUGAUCAACGCCAUCUACGCCAUGGCACAUGGGCUCCAUGAUAUGCACCGUGACCUGUGUCCGGAUCACGAGGGCCUGUGCGAGGCUAUGGACCCCAUUGAUGGCAGCAGACUCUUAGACUACCUUCUCAAAACCUCUUUCACCGGUGUCUCCGGAGAGGAGGUGUACUUCGACGAGAAUGGAGACUCUCCUGGAAGGUAUGACAUUAUGAAUUUGCAGUAUGUUGAAGAGCUGGGUCGCUAUGACUACAUCAAUGUGGGAUCGUGGCAUGAAGGACUGCUGAGCAUUGACGAUUACAAGCUGAUGACCAACCGAAGCGAGAUGGUGCGCUCCGUCUGCAGCGAGCCUUGUUCCAAGGGACAGAUCAAGGUGAUCCGGAAAGGUGAGGUGAGCUGCUGCUGGAUCUGCACUACCUGUAAAGACAACGAGUACGUGCAAGACGAGUUCACCUGCAAGGCCUGCGAUCUGGGCUGGUGGCCUGAUAACGAACUAGCAGGGUGUCAACCUCUUCCUCUCAGGUACCUGGAAUGGGGCAGCGUGGAGUCCAUCGUAGCGGUGGUCUUCUCCUGCCUGGGCAUCCUGGUCACUCUGUUCGUAACCUUCGUCUUCAUUCAGUACAGAGACACUCCGGUGGUCAAGUCGUCAAGCCGUGAGCUGUGCUACAUUAUCCUGGCGGGUAUCUUCUUGGGGUAUAUUUGCCCUUUUACGCUGAUCGCACGCCCUACAGUGAUCUCGUGCUACCUACAGCGCCUCCUAGUGGGCCUUUCAUCUGCAAUGUGCUACUCAGCGUUGGUCACCAAGACGAACCGCAUUGCACGCAUCCUGGCUGGGAGUAAAAAGAAGAUCUGCACUCGCAAGCCAAGGUUCAUGAGUGCCUGGGCGCAGGUAGUGAUCGCUUUCAUCCUGAUCAGCCUACAGCUCACACUGGAGGUUGUGCUGAUCGUGCUGGAGCCUCCAGAGCCAAUCAAGAGCUACCCUAGCAUACGGGAAGCCUACCUCAUCUGUAACACCAGUAACUUGGGUGUGGUCGCUCCAUUGGGCUACAAUGGCCUGCUCAUCCUGAGCUGCACCUACUAUGCCUUCAAAACGCGCAACGUACCAGCCAACUUCAACGAGGCCAAAUACAUUGCCUUCACCAUGUACACCACGUGUAUCAUCUGGCUCGCGUUCGUACCCAUCUAUUUUGGCUCCAAUUACAAGAUCAUCACCACCUCGUUCUCAGUCAGUCUGAGCGUCACAGUGGCUCUGGGCUGCAUGUUUACACCCAAGAUGUACAUCAUCAUCGCCAAGCCAGAGCGCAAUGUGCGCAGCGCCUUCACCACAUCGGACGUGGUUCGCAUGCACGUGGGAGAUGGCAAGGCAGCUGCGUGCCAGAGCAACAGCUUCCUGAACAUGUUCCGCAGGAAGAAGAACAAUGCCAACAGCAGCAACACCAAUCCUAAUGGAAAGUCUGUGUCAUGGUCUGAAUCAGGUGCCCGGCCCCAGGGGAGGGGGUCGAGUGUGUUCCACAGACUGUCUGUGCAUGUGAGGAGGCAAGCAGUCGGCCAGAGUCAGACGGCGGUCAUCCGACCCCUAACUAACGCCUCGCAACCCCUGCACCCCGAAUACGACCCUGGACUUGACACAGACCACAACGGCUCACAACCUAACACCAAGGUUCUCUACAACCUCAACGAGGAGGGCGACGAAGGCUGCCGAUCCCCCUGCAACGUACAAGGAACAACCCCGGAUAGAAGGGAGCCAGCCUCCUACUCACCUGCUCACCUGAUGGGCCUCGCCUCUGACCAUCUAGACGGGGGCCAAGUGGAUACGCUAAGCUCAAAUGUUCGGGCUUUCGAUGAAAUGCUAGGCAACAGACUGAGCCCUGCUUACAACCCCUUAUCCAAUCAGCUACCUCUGCCCCUGCAGGGGGAGAUGUUGUCUGAAGACGGUUCCGAAAUGGAGGCUCUUGAACUUAUCCAUGGCUUCCUGUACGACAGUACUGUACAGGAAGAGGCUGAAGAGGAGGAGGACGAGGAAGAAGAAGGGGCUGGACAGGAGGAGUUAGCUCAAAGCAAGCUCACUCUCCUCGCUCCGCCCUCACCGUUCAGGGACUCGCUGCAUUCAGGCAGGUCAAUCCCAGGAUCCCCUGCCCUCGACAACGAACCAAACACCUCCCAGGAAGUGACCUAUGCUCCCAAACAAAGCUCUUUUACACUGUGAGAGCAGGUGCUCAGGAUGCAGGAAACGGCCGGCUCCCACUUCACUUUGUUUUUUCUUAUUUAAUUAUAGCAGUUGCUUGCUUAUAUGGUUGUUAUUUUUAUUUUUAUUUACCAUUCAAGGCAUUCCUGUCAGGAAUGAAAAAAAGAGACAGCGAGUCGAAACAACUAGGAUUAUUGUUCUGACGUUCGGCAAGCUUGUUCGUACCGAAACGAACAUUGCUUUCAUUGGAGAUUAAGAUUAAGUCUAAAUACCAGUCUGCUGCUGUUUGUAUGGACCACAAAGGAAGACACUCAAACUUUGGGUCUAUGGACUAUGUAGCCUGACAUCAUUGUAAAUGAUUUUUACAUGCUAUACAUAUAUAAAAACAUAUCCCUGAUGGAACUAAUUAGUCCAAAACACACAACCAGGAAGCAGAGUCAUGUGACACACACACACAUACCACAGCUGACCACAAGACCACAACCAUCACACUUGAACCAUUCACAGAAUCCAGACUAAGACUAAUUAGCUUGAAGUGUUUGGAUUGAGAGUGACAGUAGUGAACAAGAACAUCAUCUAGACUUUGUUUUAAUGUUCUUGAUUGAUCCAGACACACACACACACACACAACAUCUGGUUAUCUACAACCCGUUUAUUGUGGGAUGUGUAAACCGAGAGUUUUUCUCUUCCCUGUGAAACCUGCGAGUGUGUGUGUGUGUACUCGUUUCUGACAGCGAUCUGAGUGUAAUGGUAAUUUUAGCACUUGCUUGGGGAGAUACACAAGGGAAGGGUUUUAUUAUAUUGUUAAGCGAGUAGUUAAAGCACUAUUUUAGUCUAAAUGAUGAUUUUUCCCCCCUGUACUGCCAAGGUAAUUACAAAACGGGAACAAAAUCACAAAUCUCUCUCUCUCUCUUUUUGUCUCAUGAGAUAUUUCAUGCUUGGGAAACGUUUUUUCAAAUAUUUGUAUACUGUAUAGUCAUCGAUUGUGUUUUUUUUCUUCCUCCACACAGCUAAGGUGUUUGUAUUUCCCGUUAAUGUUUAUAUGAACAGAAUGCGUGAAGAUUUCUACGUUUUAGAGAAGCUAACUCAUCUGCUCCCUCUGUGAAAAGGGAUGUACAGUGAAUCUGGAAUAUUUUUUUGUUUUUUCUCAAAUAAUCUGUAUAUUUGACUUUUUAAGCUUUAUGGGGUAGUGGCUUCUAGUGGUCAACUCGUAGCAUUAUUUCCAAGUGACUCUCGUGUAGGAUUAUAAAUUCGCAACUUAUUUUAACCUUUAGUAGUUUCACACACUACUAUUAGAAUGCAAAUAUUCUUUAGCUGAUAUGGACGUAAUAAAUAUUGCUCAUUUUAAUAUUAAGUCUUUUUUUGUGUGUGUGUAAGUUGUUUGGGAAAAUUUGUUUCAUGUACAAGAAUUACAGUAGAAUAUCAUGUUAGGAACUAGAAAUGAGGAUUUUCUUUUCUUUCUUUCUUUUUUGGCCAGGACAAAUC